GUGAAGAUACUUAGAGGGACUUGACUCACCUCUGAGUGUGCUCCACUGCUCUGCCAAAUCUCUCUCUCUUUCUCUCUGCCCUCCCUUUUACUCUUUGAAUCCGUUCAGAAGAGACAUGGCGUCCUCCUCGUACAGCGUUAAAUCCAGGACCAGCUUCUCUGGCAGCCGUAGUGGUGGAGGAGGAGGAGGAGGAAGAUAUUCCUCACAAUCUGCUGUUAUGCAGAGGGGGCCAUCCCGGCAAAGCACCUCAGUUGUUAGGUCAAGCUUUGGUGGAGGAAUGGGAAGUUUUGGAGGUGGUGGUAGUUACGGAGGUGGUGCCUAUGGAUCUGGUGGUGGUGGUGGUGGUGGUGGUUAUGGAUCCAGUGGUGGGUCAUUUUCUUCUAGCAGUGCUUUUGGAUUAGGUUCUGGCUUUGGCAGUGGUGGUGGUGGUGGAGGUAUGAUAAUCCCCCAAAUCUCAAACGUCACAGUCAACCAGAGCCUGCUGGCUCCUCUGACCCUUACGAUUGACCCGAACAUCAGUUCUGUCCGUACCGCAGAGAAAGAUCAGAUCAAGGGUCUAAACAACCGCUUCGCUAGCUUCAUUGACAAGGUGCGAUUCCUGGAGCAGCAGAACAAAAUGCUGGAGACCAAGUGGAGCCUGAUGCAGGAUCAGACCACCACCCGCUCCAACAUCGACGCCAUGUUCGAGGCCUACAUCGCCAACCUGCGCAGACAGCUGGAUGGACUUGGCAACGAGAAGGUCAAGCUGGAGGGAGAGCUGAGAAACAUGCAGGGACUGGUGGAGGACUUCAAGAACAAAUAUGAAGAUGAAAUCAACAAGCGUGCUGGUGUGGAGAAUGAGUUUGUGCUCCUCAAGAAGGAUGUAGAUGGUGCCUACAUGAACAAAGUUGAGCUAGAGGCCAAGGUUGAUGCCCUUCAGGAUGAGAUUAACUUCCUCAGAAGUGUCUACGAGGCGGAACUGCGUGAACUCCAGGGACAGAUCAAGGACACUUCAGUCAUUGUGGAGAUGGACAACAGCCGCAACCUGGACAUGGAUGCUAUUGUGGCUGAAGUCAAGCAGCAGUAUCAAGAAAUCGCUGACCGCAGCCGUGCUGAGGCUGAGAGCUGGUACCAGCAGAAGUUCAGUGAGAUGCAGGCCUCUGCCGGCUCUGCGGGAGACGACCUCCGCAACACUAAGAGUGAGAUUGCUGAGCUCAACCGUAUGAUUUCACGCCUCCAGAAUGAGAUUGAGGCAGUCAAGGGACAGCGUGCCAACCUGGAGGCCCAGAUCGCUGAGGCUGAGGAGCGUGGUGAGCUGGCCGUCAAGGACGCCAAGCUCCGUAUCAAGGACCUAGAGGAUGCCCUGCAGAGAGCCAAACAGGACAUGGCCAGCCAGGUCCGUGAGUACCAGGAGCUCAUGAACGUCAAGCUGGCUCUAGAUAUUGAGAUUGCAACCUACAAGAAGCUGCUGGAAGGAGAGGAAUCCAGAAUUGCCGCUGGUCCUGCAAUAGCUACCAUCCAUAUGCAGAGCUCAAGCUCCGCCUACGGUGGCGGUAGUGCAAGCGGCAUGGGAGGAGGUGGCGGCUAUGGAGGCGGCAGCUAUGGAGGCAGCAUGAGCAUGGGAGGCGGCGGCAGCGGCUAUGGAAGCAGCUUGAGCAUGGGAGGCGGCGGCGGCUAUGGAAGCAGCAUGAGCAGUGGAGGAGGCGGUGUCGUAUCAUCAAGAUCCUCCACCAUGUACAGCAUGCGCCGUUAAUAAAGCCUGCAGCUGUCUUCAUCUCCAAUCUUGGUCUUCCCUCACUUUGUUUUCCUCCUCAUGCCCCAUUCAUAAGCGUUUCUAUAAAUCCCAACACCGCUCUCCCUGCACACACAGAGCAGUCUCAGAAACAUGCUCCAUUCAACCAUUUAUCACUAUCGCAGAUCCAUGUAAUGGUAUAGCUCUCUGUGGCAUCUGGCUCCCGUGGGGCUGUUUCUUUGUCACCACAUUCUCACAGAGUCAGAGAUUACAUUCAAGUACAGAGAGAUUGUAUGUAAAAGCAGCAGAGAUGUGAGUCAGUCCUCUUCUUUGAUCAGUCAGCCAGGCUGUCUUUUGGUUGCUGGAUAUGCUGUUGUGUAGACAAGAGGAUACUUGUAGUGUCAUGGCAGAGAAUCCAUAAAAGGCAACAAUCAUUGCACACAAAAGACAACAGCGGUUCUAAGAUUUGCACAGAAGGAGAAGUGGGUGUGGUGCUAUGUCUUGAAUUUAUGAGGCAUUCAUUGCAGGCAGGCGUACACAAUGCCACACCUGUAACAUCCCUUCUUCUAAUGUCCCAUCUGCUGUCACAUUCGUCUUCACGUGCAUUUUGACAUUAUCAAAAGCAGCCACAUAUAACACUCUUUCGGGAUCCUCUUUUUCAUCUCCUGUUCAGAGAGAAAAUGAGCUAUCCGCUUCAGCAAUUUACGGUGUUUAUUUCUUUCCUUCCAUUUUUCACUCUGAAUAAAAAAUCAGGGCUAAGGCUGACUGGAACAACUAGAUUUAUUGUGAAUUUGUACCACCGAAACAUCUGGAAUAAAUCUGUGUUCAUAUUUGGCAGA